AUGCACGUCGGCGCCACGUUAACCCUCUCCGGCCGCCGCGCGUUCCACACCGUGGCGGCCCAUCGGCGAGAUCGCUUCGCGGGAGGUGCCCACUCCGUCUCCUUCCACCUCGACGGCUACUACUCCUCCACCUCCGAGGAGCUUUGCAUGCUCGGCUCCGGCACCUACUCUAUGGGCGACGGCUGGCCCAAACACCUUCCGGACGUCGUCCUCCGCCUCCGCUUUCCCAGCCCGCCCAGCCUCAAGGACCCCUUCGUCACCGGCGAGCUCAAGGGCGCCGGCUUUGAUGCCAUCACCCUCAUCUCUUACGCCGAAGGCGACAGCUACGAGUACGGCCAGCGUGCAUCCUGCCCGCCGUUGCAGCCGCCUCCAGCCGUGAGAGGUGCGCUCCAGGUGCUAGGUGCCAGCUUCUCGUGCGCUCAUCUCAGAGAGCAGCUCGUGAGCUCGUACAAGCUGCAGCACGUCGGUAGCGUGCCCGCGUCGAGCACCUCUCCUGCGUUUCUGCGGCUGCCGGAGCCGCGCAUGCACGUUGGCCAGGCAUUUGUGGUCAAGGAGGCAGCGGUCGUCGCCGAAGGGCGCUGGGACUCGACACAGAGCACGCUCUGCCUCAGGGCGUGCCGGGUGGUGCGCUCGGGGCCGACGUCCCUUGCGGUGCAGGAGCAGCAGGACUGCGGCAUCGGGAUGAGCUUCUGGUUCCCGGCCGUCUGGACGAUUCGGGAGCGGAGUAUUGUAGCCGGAAUGCUUUGGAACUCGAGCCAAGGGACUGCUGCAACUGCAAGCAACGCCGCCGCCGCCGCUGCCGGUGCGGUAUCGGCGUCGAGCAUCGACUUCGACAUCAACAGAGACACCUUUUCAGACGUCAAGUACACGUACACUAGGGUGGACGAGGCAAAGCAGCGUUAUUUCGCUGAUGUGCUGAGAAGCCAUGAGAACAAGGCUAAUAAGGGGACUUUCCCGUCUGCCAGCUAUUCUUACCAUGACUUCCAGUUUCGUUUCCACAUGGAGAACAGAGGGUCGGAGCUUGGAGAAGCCUACCCCGUUACGAUUGGCUCGGCUAUAGUCGACGGGGAUAGGCUACCAGCCGGCGGUUCUUUCAGCUCCUGGCAUGCCAAGGUCGACAUAGAGCAUGAGCUGCUGAAGGUCAGCUACGACAUAUACACACGCCAUCUUCCUCCACGUGUGAAUUGGAUGAACAUGUCGUCCCCGGUUUCUAUAGAAGAACGCCUGAUCACAGCGGAGGGUGUUUAUGAUCCUAAGAAGGGAGUCCUGUGCAUGAUCGGCUGCCGAGAGCUGGAAGGCUCCACUGACUGCCAGAUCUUGAUCACCGUUCACUUCGCCUCGCUCGAUGCAAAGGCGCAGGGCCACGGAAGGGGAGUGAUCAGCAGCCUGAGAGCCAAGACAGACCCUCUCUUCUUCAGCAAGAUGGACAUUGCUCUGUUCGGGAUGUACGCCGAGCAGGUGUCCGCGUCGAUCUCGCGGAUGGACCUGGAGAGCGUCAUGCUGGUGGUCUCCACGACGCUGUCGUGCAUCUUCACGGCCCUGCAGAUCCUCCACGCCAAGAGGAGCCUCGAGGCGUCCGCAUCCACGUCCAUCACCAUGCUCGUCGUCCUGGCCAUGGGCUACGUUGCGCCACUCGUGAUCAGUUCCGAGGCUCUGUUCGUGAGCAGGGGAACCGAGUACGCGCCGUUCCAGAGGAAAGUGCCGUACGAGCUGAAGCAGGCGAUGCUGAGGGUGCCCACGCUGAUCGCGUUCGUACUGCAGCUACGCCUCCUUCAACUAGCCUGGUCUGCCCGGAGAUCGGCUGCCGGCCGGAGCAAGGACGGGACGUCGGCGGCGGCGGCAGCCGAGAGGAGAGCGCUCUGGGUAUGCCUGCCGCUGUACCUGCUCGGCGGGGCACUGACCAUCGUUCUUCACAUGGCGAACACCCGCCGUGCCGCGCGGGAGGAUUCCCUCGCCGUUCGCGUCGGCCCAGAGCCAGCCACGCUAUGGGAGGACCUCGCCUCGUCCGCGGGGCUGGCGCUGGACGGGUUCCUUCUCCCUCAGGUGGCCAUGAACGCGUUCUCCGGUGGCAAAGUGAGAGCCGUCUCGCCGUGGUUCUACGUCGGCGGCACAGUGGUUCGCGCGAUGCCUCACGUCUACGAUGUGGUCAGGAGCCAGGGUUACGUGCCGAGCUUGAAGCCGUCGAACGUGUACGCGAGCCCUCUGGACGAUCGGUUUGGCGUCGCAUGGGACAUCGUUGUGCCGUGCGGAGCAGCGUUGCUGACCGUGCUGCUGUUCCUUCAGCAAAGGCUUGGUGGCACUGGCACUGGGACCUUCUUGUUUCGUUCGGGGAGAACAGGGGAAUACCAGAUGGUCUCUACCUUUUAA